AUGGUGCUUAAUACAAAUCAAAUAGUAAUAACCUCUCUCGAUUUAGCCGGACCAGAUCCUCGUCAUCUAUCCACAAUCUGCAGCACAUGGGGAAAUUUCCACUUCAAGACAUUUGAUGGUCAUUUCUUUCAAAUGGCUGACACAUGUGACUACGUUCUGGCGGUGAUGUGCGACACAGCUGCUUCUGAUUUUAACAUCCAAAUGCAAAGAAAGUUUGUGAAUGGCUCAGCCACUUUUAAGUCAGUCACUAUACAGCUGCAGGGGACGGUCAUCAAACUCAGUGAUGGCAAAAUACUCAUGGACGACCAAGAGUUAACUAUUCCAACCUUUGAACAUGGAAUUAAAAUCGAGGGAAGCUCAUCAAGUGUAAAGAUUUCUAAACAAAAUGGAGUCACUGUCUUUUGGGAAGAGGCGCAGUCUUUACUGAUUGAACUUCCUGAGAAAUACCGAGGUCAGACCUGCGGACUUUGUGGAAACUUCAACGGCAACCAAGUAGAUGAUAUUAGUUAUGAUCUGGCCGCAUGGAAGGUGGCUACAGUAGAAUCCUGUGAAGAUGUCACACUUCCCCAAGACGAUCAGUGUCAAAGCAAGGGACACAUUUGUCAAGAGUAUCUCAGCAGUUCAGGGUUAUAUGACUGUCGCCACGUGUUGGACUUAAGUUACUUUGAGGAAGCCUGCGCAGAUGACCUGUGUCAGUGUCGCGGCAGACAGGACUGUAUCUGCAACACGCUUACAGAAAUAUCACGACAGUGCACACAUGCUGGUGGCAAGCCAGGAACAUGGAGAACAGAGGAAUUAUGUCCAAAGACAUGUCCACUAAACAUGGAAUACAUGGAGUGUGCUGGCCCAUGCAAAAAUACUUGCUCGGAUCCAGGUGGAAGUCCCCAGUGUACAGAACACUGUGUAGAUGGCUGUUUCUGCCCUGAAGGCACUGUGGAAGACAACAUUGGUAACAGUGGUUGCGUUCCUAUAAACAAAUGUCCAUGUAUGCACGACGGCACAAUAUACCAGACUGGAGAGUCAUACGAGCAAGCGUGUAAACAAUGCGAGUGUUCUGCUGGACGCUGGAGUUGCACGGAUCUGGAAUGUCCUGGAAUCUGCUCUGUUGUGGGAGGCUCUCACAUCACCACUUAUGAUGGAAAAACCUUCAGCUUUAAUGGCAACUGUGACUACAUCUUCACUAAGCACUCUAAUGACAGUGACAUCGCUGUUAUUGGAAAUCUGGCAAAGUGUGAUUUGAUGAGAACAGGCACGUGUUUGAAUUCUGUUACCAUUGUCAUCUCUGGGACCACUAUUAGUUUUUCAUCCAGUGGGACUGUCACACUAAACGGAAACAGUCCAUAUGAUCUUCCAGUGUCCACAGAACAUGUAGUCAUCUUUCAGCCCUCUUCUUCCUUCAUUAUCGCUGAUAUGAAGAGUCUUCGUCUGGAGAUUCAACUGUCUCCAAUUAUGCAGUUGUAUAUUGUAGCCAGCACUACAGAGAAAGGCAAAAUGAGUGGUCUGUGUGGGAAUUAUAACGAUAUCCAGAAAGAUGACUUUAAAACAGCUUCAGGCAUUAUUGAAGGAACACCAACAACCUUUGUCAACUUUUGGAAAAAAAACCUAUACGGUUGUCCAGAUGUUGAAAACGCAUUUGACAACCCCUGCAGUCUAAGUGUGGAAACAGAAAAACUUGCAAAAGACUGGUGUUCGCAUCUCACAGACCCAAAUGGAACCUUCUCAUCUUGUCAUUUAGAAAUCUCUCCAGAGAAAUAUUAUACAAACUGUGUUUAUGACACCUGUAAGUGUGCUGAUGUCAGCAACUGUUACUGUGCGGCCCUCUCCGCCUAUGCCCAUGCAUGUGCCGCAAGAGGGAUCAUUCUCCAGGGCUGGCUGGAUUCGUACCCCUGUGUGUCUGAGUGUUCAGACCAUAUGAAGUACUCUUACAGCGUCACCAGUUGUAGCAACACCUGCCGUUCUCUCAGUGGAAAGGACCACACCUGCAAAGUGUUUACACCUGUAGAAGGCUGCAUUUGUCCCGAGGAUACCUAUCUUAACGAUGCAGGCAGCUGUGUGCAUGCUGACCAGUGCCCUUGUUACUAUGACAACCAGGUCAUAGACCCAUCAGGAUCUUUAAACAUAGAUGGUUUUAAAUGCACCUGCACUCAUGGCAUGUUACACUGCUCCAGUCAUCAAGACUGUGUUGAUCCAAUGGUCUAUUUCAACUGCUCCAAUGAACCUGGACAAAAAGGCACAGAGUGUCAGAGGACAUGUCAGAACCAAGACCCAAACAACUGUGUGAGCACAGGGUGUGUAUCAGGUUGUAUGUGCCCAGAUGGCUUUCUGGUUGAUGGUAAUGGUGGAUGUGUGAAGAAGCAAGAUUGCAAGUGUACCCACAAUGGAGUAAACUACUCACCUGGGGAGCAGGUCCAACAAGACUGUAACAACUGCACAUGCAAAAAUGGUAUGUGGGCUUGUACAGAAAAUGAAUGUUACGGCACCUGUACCAUCUAUGGUGAAGGUCAUUUUAGGACUUUUGAUGGCAAGAGAUAUUCUUACUACGGAACUUGCCAAUACAUCUUGGCACAGGAUCACUGCGAUGUACAGAGCAGUUCCUCUUUCAGCCUUGUUACUGAGAACAUCCCAUGUGAAAGUACCAACUCCAUUUGCUCCACAUCCAUCAGUCUGGUUGUUGGGAGAUACACAAUAAUCUUAGGAUCUGAGGAUAAGGUCAAAAUUGUUGAAGGAAAUGGAACUGAUCACAAAUAUCAAAUCUAUUCUGCUGGGAUAUAUACUGUCAUAGAGGUAGAAAAGAUGUUAAACUUAAUCUGGGAUCGCAAAACAAGCCUUAUGCUUCAACUCCAUCAGAAUCUAAAGGGCGAAGUGUGUGGACUGUGUGGAAACUUUGACGGCAACGCCAAUAAUGACAUUGUGAAAAAAGAUGGAGAAGAGGUCACUGAUGUGGUGGUGUUUGGAAAUAGCUGGAAAGUGAGUGCAAGCUGCCCAGAAGUGAACAGUUUGAUAAACCCCUGUGAGAAAAACCCUCACCGGAGUGCCUGGGCUCAUAAGAAAUGCAGCCACAUUACAAGCGAUGUCUUUACAGAUUGCCAUUCACUAGUGGACUCUGCCCCAUACUAUGAUGCCUGUGUGAGGGACACCUGUGCAUGUGAUUCUGGGGGAGAUUGUGAUUGUUUGUGUACAGCAUUGUCUGCUUAUGCUGCUGAAUGCCGUAAAAGGGGAGCUUGCGUGACAUGGCGCAGCCAAGAAAUUUGUCCUUUAUUCUGUGACUACUACAACAGUGAUGAAGAAUGUGUAUGGCACUAUAAAAACUGUAGCUCAACCUGCAUGAAAACCUGCAAAAACCGCUUAGGAGAAUGCUCUAAAAAUGCAAAACAAAUACCUCCCCUUGAAGGAUGUUUUCCUCAGUGCCCUUCAGACAGGCCAUAUUUCAGGGAGGACAUUAUGAAAUGUGUUCCGGAGGAAACAUGUAAAUAUUGUUUAUAUGACAAUAAGAUAUAUCCCCCUGGAACUGUAGUUUACAGCACCACCGAUGGAAGUGAUACUUGUUUCAGUGGGACAUGUUUACCAAAUGGGGAAAUUGAAAGACAUAUUUUUAAAUGCAUACAUACAACAACUCCCACACCUUUCAUUUUUUCAACUACAACUGUCACCACUACACCCACAACAACAAAGACAUCUAUGACCACAACAACAGAAACACCAACGACAACAACAACUACUACCACAACAACUACUGAAACACCCACAACAACAGAGACACCAACAACAACAACCACUCCUACAACAACAACUACUGAAACACCAACACCAGAGACAACAACAUCCACAACCAGUCCUACAACAAUUACUGUAACACCAACAACUACUGUAACACCAACCCCCACAGCAACAGAAACAACAACGUCCACAAUGACUACUACAACAACGACUACUGAAAGACCAACACCCUGUUAUCCCAACAUCUGUAACUGGUCACCAUGGAUUGACAGCAACACACGCAGUACAGAACCCUAUGGGUUUGAAACAGAAUCCAUCGAUAAAUUGUGGAAAUCAGAACAAAUUUCCUGUCAGAACCCUGAAGAUAUUGAAUGUAGAGCAGUAGAUUAUCCAGGACAAUCAUUGGAAUCUUUAGGACAAAAAGUGUAUUGCAAUACAUCCUUUGGACUGACAUGUUCAAAUAGAGAAAAUUUAAAUUUGAACAGCAUACCACCACUCUGUUACAACUAUGAAAUACGCGUAAAAUGUUGUAAUUCUUGCACAACACAAGAGACAACAACAUCCACAACCACUCCUACAACAACAACUACUGAAACACCAACACCCACAACACCAGAGACAACAACAUCCACAACCACUCCUACAACAACUCCUGUAACACCAACAGCAACAGAGACAACAACAUCCACUACCACUCCUACAACAACAACUACUAAAACACCAACACCCACAACACCAGAGACAACAACAUCCACAACCACUCCUACAACAACAACUACUGAAACACCAACACCCACAACACCAGAGACAAAUACAUCCACAACCACUCCUACAACAACUACUGUAACACCAACAGCAACAGAGACAACAACAUCCACUACCACUCCUACAACAACAACAACUACUGAAACACCAACCCCCACAACACCAGAAACAACAACAUCCACAACCACUCCUACAACAUCUACUGUAACACCAACACCAACAGAGACAACAACUACUGAAACACCCACAACACCAGAGACAACAACAUCCACAACCACUCCUACAACAACUACUGUAACACCAACAGCAACAGAGACAACAACAUCCACUACCAAUCCUACAACAACAACAACUGAAACACCAACACCCACAACACCAGAGACAACAACAUCCACAACCUCUCCUACAACAACAACUACUGAAACACCAACACCCACAACACCAGAGACAACAACAUCCACAACCUCUCCUACAACAAUUACUGUAACACCAACACCUACAGGACCAGAGACAACAAAAUCCACAACCAGUCCUACAACAAAAACUACUGAAGCACCAACACCCACAACACCAGAGACAACAACAUCCACAAACUCUCCUACAACAAUUACUGUAACACCAACACCUACAGGACCAGAGACAACAACAUCCACAACCACUUCUACAACAACAACUACUGAAACACCAACACCCUGUUACCCCAACAUCUGUAACUGGUCACCCUGGAUUGACAGCAACCCACGCAGUACAGAACCUUAUGGGUUUGAAACAGAAUCCAUCGAUAAAUUGUGGAAAUCAAAACAAAUUUCCUGUCAGAACCCUGAAGAUAUUGAAUGUAGAGCAGUAGAUUAUCCAGAACAAUCCUUGGAAUCUUUAGGACAAAAAGUGUAUUGCAAUACAUCCUUUGGACUGACAUGUUCAAAUAGAGAAAAUUUAAAUUUGAACAGCAUACCACCACUCUGUUACAACUACGAAAUACGCGUAAAAUGUUGUAAUUCUUGCACAACACAAGAGACAACAACAUCCACAACCACUCCUACAACAACAACAACUACUGAAACUCCAACACCCACAACACCAGAGACAACAACAUCCACAACCACUCCUACAACAACUACUGUAACACCAACAGCAACAGAGACAACAACAUCCACAACCACUCCUACAACAACUACUGUAACACCAACAGCAACAGAGACAACAACAUCCACUACCACUCCUACAACAACAACUACUGAAACACCAACACCCACAACACCAGAGACAACAACAUCCACAACCACUCCUACAACAACUACUGUAACACCAACAGCAACAGAGACAACAACAUCCACUACCACUCCUACAACAACAACAACUACUACUAAUGAAACACCAACACCUAUAACACCAGAGACAACAACAUCCACAACCACUCCUACAACAACAACGUCUGAAACACAAACACCCACAACAACCGAAACAACAACAUCCACAUUGACUACGACUUCUACAACAACAACUACUGAAACUCAAACACCCACAACACCAGAGACAACAACAUCCACAACCUCUCCUACAACAAUUACUGUAACACCAACACCUACAGGACCAGAGACAACAACAUCCACAACCACUCCUAUAACAACAACUACUGAAACACCAAACCCCACAACAACCGAAACAACAACAUCCACAUUGACUACGACUUCUACAACAACAACUACUGAAACUCAAACACCCACAACACCAGAGACAACAACAUCCACAACCACUCCUACAACAACUACUGUUACACCAACAGCAACAGAGACAACAACAUCCACAACCACUCCAACAACAAUUACUGUAACACCAACACCUACAGGACCAGAGACAACAACAUCUACAACCACUCCUACAACAACAACUACUGAAACACCAACACCCACAACACCAGAGACAACAACAUCCACAACCACUCCUACAACAACUACUGUAACACCAACAGCAACAGAGACAACAACAUCCACUACCACUCCUACAACAACAACUACUGAAACACCAACACCCACAACACCAGAGACAAAAACAUCCACAACCACUCCUACAACAACUACUGUAACACCUACAGGACCAGAGACAACAACAUCCACAACCACUUCUACAACAACAACUACUGAAACACCAACACCCUGUUACCCCAACAUCUGUAACUGGUCACCCUGGAUUGACAGCAACCCACGCAGUACAGAACCUUAUGGGUUUGAAACAGAAUCCAUCGAUAAAUUGUGGAAAUCAAAACAAAUUUCCUGUCAGAACCCUGAAGAUAUUGAAUGUAGAGCAGUAGAUUAUCCAGAACAAUCCUUGGAAUCUUUAGGACAAAAAGUGAAUUGCAAUACAUCCUUUGGACUGACAUGUUCAAAUAGAGAAAAUUUAAAUUUGAACAGCAUACCACCACUCUGUUACAACUAUGAAAUACGCGUAAAAUGUUGUAAUUCUUGCACAACACCAGAGACAACAACAUCCACAACCACUCCUACAACAACUACUGUAACACCAACAACAACAACAUCCACAACCGCUCCUAUAACAACAACUACUGAAACACCAACACCCACAACAACCGAAACAACAACAUCCACAUUGACUACGACUUGUACAACAACAACUACUGAAACUCCAACACCCACAACACCAGAGACAACAACAUCCACAACCACUCCUACAACAAUUACUGUAACACCAACACCUACAGGACCAGAGACAACAACAUCCACAACCACUCCUACAACAACAACUACUGAAACACCAACACCCACAACACCAGAGACAACAACAUCCACAACCACUCCUACAACAACUACUGUAACACCAACAGCAACAGAGACAACAACAUCCACUACCACUCCUACAACAAUUACUGUAACACCAACACCUACAGGACCAGAGACAACAACAUCCACAACCACUCCUACAACAACAACAAAAACAUCCACAAACACUCCUACAACAACUACUGUAACAGCAACAGAGACAACACCAUCCACUACCACUCCUACAACAACAACAACAACUACUACUACUGAAACACCAACACAUAUAACACCAGAGACAACAACAUCCACAACCACUCCUACAACAAACACUACUGAAACACCAACACCCACAACACCAGAGACAACAACAUCCACAACCUCUCCUACAACAAUUACUGUAACACCAACACCUACAGGACCAGAGACAACAACAUCCACAACCACUCCUACAACAACAACUACUGAAACACCAACCCCCACAACAACCGAAACAACAACAUCCACAUUGACUACGACUUCUACAACAACAACUACUGAAACACCAACACCCUGUUACCCCAACAUCUGUAACUGGUCACCCUGGAUUGACAGCAACCCACGCAGUACAGAACCUUAUGGGUUUGAAACAGAAUCCAUCGAUAAAUUGUGGAAAUCAGAACAAAUUUCCUGUCAGAACCCUGAAGAUAUUGAAUGUAGAGCAGUAGAUUAUCCAGAACAAUCCUUGGAAUCUUUAGGACAAAAAGUGUAUUGCAAUACAUCCUUUGGACUGACAUGUUCAAAUAGAGAAAAUUUAAAUUUGAACAGCAUACCACCACUCUGUUACAACUAUGAAAUACGCGUAAAAUGUUGUAAUUCUUGCACAACACAAGAGACAACAACAUCCACAACCACUCCUACAACAACAACUACUGAAACACCAACACCCACAACACCAGAGACAACAACAUCCACAACCACUCCUACAACAACUACUGUAACACCAACAGCAACAGAGACAACAACAUCCACUACCACAACUACAACAACAACAACAACUACUGAAACACCAACACCCACAACACCAGAGACAACAACAUCCACAACCACUCCUACAACAACAACAACAACUACUGUAACACCAACAGCAACAGAGACAACAACAUCCACUACCACUCCUACAACAACAACAACAACAACUACUGAAACACCAACCCCCACAACACCAGAAACAACAACAUCCACAACCACUCCUACAACAUCUACUGUAACACCAACACCAACAGAGACAACAAUAUCCACAACCACUCCUACAACAACAUCCACAACCACUCCUACAACAACAACUACUGAAUCACCAACACCCACAGCAUCAGAGACAACAACAUCCACAACCACUCCUACAACAACAACUACUGAAACACCAACCCCCACAACACCAGAGACAACAACAUCCACAACCACUCCUACAACAACUACUGUAACACCAACAGCAACAGAGACAACAACAUCCACUACCACUCCUACAACCACAACAACAACAACUACUGAAACACCUACCCCCACGACACCAGAAACAACAACAUCCACAACCACUCCUACAACAUCUACUACUAAAACACCAACACCCACAACACAAGAGACGACAACAUCCACAAACUCUCCUACAACAAUUACUGUAACACCAACACCUACAGGACCAGAGACAACAACAUCCACAACCACUCCUACAACAACAACUACUGAAACACCAAUCCCCACAACAACCGAAACAACAACGUCCACAUUGACUACGACUUCUACAACAACAACUACUGAAACACCAACACCCUGUUACCCCAACAUCUGUAACUGGUCACCCUGGAUUGACAGCGACCCACGCAGUACAGAACCUUAUGGGUUUGAAACAGAAUCCAUCGAUAAAUUGUGGAAAUCAGAGCAAAUUUCCUGUCAGAACCCUGAAGAUAUUGAAUGUAGAGCAGUAGAUUAUCCAGAACAAUCCUUGGAAUCUUUAGGACAAAAAGUGUAUUGCAAUACAUCCUUUGGACUGACAUGUUCAAAUAGAGAAAAUUUAAAUUUGAACAGCAUUCCACCACUCUGUUAUAAUUAUGAAAUACGUGUAAAAUGUUGUAAUUCUUGCACAACACAAGAGACAACAACAUCCACAACCACUCCUACACCAACAACUACUGAAACACCAACCCCCACAACACCAGAAACAACAACAUCCACAACCACUCCUACAACAACUACUGUAACACCAACACCAACAGAGACAACAACAUCCACAACCACGCCUACAACAACAACUACUGAAACACUAACACCCACAACACCAGAGACAACAACAUCCACAACCACUCCUACAACAACUACUGUAACACCAACAGCAACAGAGACAACAACAUCCACUACCACUCCUACAACAACAACAACAACUACUGAAACACCAACCCCCACAACACCAGAGACAACAACAUCCACAACCACUCCUACAACAACUACUGUAACACCAACACCAACCGAGACAACAACAUCCACAACCACUCCUACAACAACAACAACAACAACUACUGAAACACCAACCCCCACAACACCAGAGACAACAACAUUCACAACCACUCCUACAACAACAACAACAACAACAACUGAAACACCAACCCCCACAACACCAGAGACAACAACAUCCACAACCACUCCUACAACAACUACUGUAAUACCAACAGCAACAGAGACAACAACAUCCACUACCACUCCUACAACAACAACAACAACAACAACUACUACUGAAACACCAACCCCCACAACACCAGAGACAACAACAUCCACAACCACUCCUACAACAUCGACUACUAAAACACCAACACCCACAACACAAGAGACGACAACAUCCACAAACUCUCCUACAACAAUUACUGUAACACCAACACCUACAGGACCAGAGACAACAACAUCCACAACCACUCCUACAACAACAACUACUGAAACACCAAUCCCCACAACAACCGAAACAACAACGUCCACAUUGACUACGACUUCUACAAUAACAACUACUGAAACACCAACAUCCUGUUACCCCAACAUCUGUAACUGGUCACCCUGGAUUGACAGCGACCCACGCAGUACAGAACCUUAUGGGUUUGAAACAGAAUCCAUCGAUAAAUUGUGGAAAUCAGAGCAAAUUUCCUGUCAGAACCCUGAAGAUAUUGAAUGUAGAGCAGUAGAUUAUCCAGAACAAUCCUUGGAAUCUUUAGGACAAAAAGUGUAUUGCAAUACAUCCUUUGGACUGACAUGUUCAAAUAGAGAAAAUUUAAAUUUGAACAGCAUUCCACCACUCUGUUAUAAUUAUGAAAUACGUGUAAAAUGUUGUAAUUCUUGCACAACACAAGAGACAACAACAUCCACAACCACUCCUACAACAACAACUACUGAAACACCAACACCCUCAACACCAGAGACAACAACAUCCACAACCACUCCUACACUAACAACUACUGAAACACCAACCCCCACAACACCAGAAACAACAACAUCCACAACCACUCCUACAACAACUACUGUAACACCAACACCAACAGAGACAACAACAUCCACAACCACGCCUACAACAACAACUACUGAAACACUAACACCCACAACACCAGAGACAACAACAUCCACAACCACUCCUACAACAACUACUGUAACACCAACAGCAACAGAGACAACAACAUCCACUACCACUCCUACAACAACAACAACAACUACUGAAACACCAACCCCCACAACACCAGAGACAACAACAUCCACAACCACUCCUACAACAACUACUGUAACACCAACACCAACCGAGACAACAACAUCCACAACCACUCCUACAACAACAACAACAACAACAACUGAAACACCAACCCCCACAACACCAGAGACAACAACAUCCACAACCACUCCUACAACAACUACUGUAACACCAACAGCAACAGAGACAACAACAUCCACUACCACUCCUACAACAACAACAACAACUACUACUACUGAAACACCAACCCCCACAACACCAGAGACAAAAACAACCACAACCACUCCUACAACAACUACUGUAACACCAACAGAGACAACAACAUCCACAACCACUCCUACACCAACAACUACUGAAACACCAACCCCCACAACACCAGAGACAACAACAUCCACAACCACUCCUACAACAACUUCUGUAACACCAACAGCAACAGAGACAACAACAUCCACAACCACUCCUACAACAACUACUGUAACACCAACAGCAACAGAGACAACAACAUCCACUACCACUCCUACAACAACAACAACAACAACAACAACUACUACUACUGAAACACCAACCCCCACAACACCAGAGACAACAACAUCCACAACCACUCCAACAACAACAACUACUGAAACACCAACCCCCACAACACCAGAGGCAACAACAUCCACAACCACUCCUACAACAACAACUACUGAAACACCAACCCCCACAACACCAGAGGCAACAACAUCCACAACCACUCCUACAACAACAACUACUGAAACACCAACCCCCACAACACCAGAGGCAACAACAUCCACAACCACUCCUACAACAACAACUACUGAAACACCAACCCCCACAACACCAGAGGCAACAACAUCCACAACCACUCCAACAACAACUUCUGAAACUCCAACACCCACAACAACAGAGACACCAACAACAACAACCAUUACUAUGACAACAUCUACUGUAACAUCAACACCAACAGAGACACCAACGACAACAACAACUACUACCACAACAACUACUGAAACACCUACACCUACAGCAACAAAGACACCAACCACAACCCCAUUAAUUAUACGUACACAUUCAACAACCCCCCAAAUAACACACCAUCAAGUUUGCAGCUGCACAUACUUGAAUGAAACUUUCCUACCAAACUCUACGAUCUACAAUGUAACAGACAAAGCGGGUUGGUGCUUCUUUGCUUAUUGCAACGCCUCUUGUGAUACUGUAAUAUGGACUAAACCAUGUUACUCUCCCACCCCUCAACCACCUCCAAAAAACUGUGAAAACCACCAUAAGCAUGGGGAUUCAUGGAUAGAAGAUUGUAAGAACAAAACCUGUGUUAAUGGUGAAAUUAAGGUUCAACCUCUACCAUGUGAGAAAUCCAGUAUACCUCAAUGUGUAAAUGGUCUAAAUCCUGUGUUUUAUGACAGCUGCUGCCCCAAAUAUGAGUGCCCAUGUCAAUGCUAUGGCUGGGGUGACCCUCAUUUCUUAACCUUUGAUGGAAAAUACUAUGAUUUUCAAGGAAACUGUACCUAUGUGUUGAUGCAAGAAAUCAUACCAAAAUACAAUAUCAGUAUCCAUGUUAAAAACUAUUACUGUGAUGUUAAAAACCAUCUGGCUUGCCCUGAGUAUAUAAUAGUAUAUUACAAAUCCUAUACUGUCAAGAUUACUAAUACGGAAGUGAUAGAGGUGUUUGUUGAUGGUGAUAAAAAACAACUUACAUUCGCAAACGAAGCCUUCAUUAUCACCUCAUCGGGUAUGUCGGUGAUUUUGAAAAUUGCUGAAAUCAAAGCAGAAGUUCAAGUUACUCGCAAGGGUUUUUCAGUGAACCUCCCAUUCUCCUACUUUCAUGGUAAUACAGAGGGACAGUGUGGUGUUUGUGACAACAAUACCUCAAAUGACUGCAGACUUCCUAAUGGAACAAUUAACCAAUCGUGUGAGUACAUGGCAGGAUUGUGGGCAGUACAACCAAACUGCACAACCCCACCACCCCAACCAAAGCCUCCAACUCCCGACUGCAAACCAAAAAUAUGUGAUGUCAUCAAGAGCAACUUGUUCAAAAGCUGUCAUCAGUUAAUUCCUCCAGAAGGCUUUUAUCAGGCAUGCAAAUAUGAUGUGUGCCACAAGAACGAUACGUCUAUUGGCUGUCAGAGCGUGGAGGCCUACGCCAAGUUGUGUGGUCAGCAGUCUGCCUGUAUCGACUGGAGAAAUUCUGCAGAUCUUCAAGGGUUAUGUGCAUACAAAUGCCCCAGUAACAAGGUAUACAAGGCUUGUGGGCCUAAAGUGGAAAAAACCUGCAGUACAUGGUACAAUGAUAACAUUGCAAAGGAUGAAUGCCAUAAUAAAGACUGCCUUGCAGAGGUCAUGGAAGGCUGUUUCUGUCCUAAUAACACAUAUCUGGUUAGUUCGAUGACAGAUGAAUGCACACCUUACUGCGAUUGCAUUGACUCUGAUGGGAUAUCUAGAAAGCCCGGAGAUACAUGGAAUUCAAGCUGUAACACAUAUACAUGCUCCAAUGAGAGCUUUGGUAUUGUGUCAGAACCUAUGAAGUGUCCAAAUAUAACCUGUCCUAAUGGGUACAAAUCAGUUACUGAAAACUGCUGCCCAACCUGUGUUUGUGAUACUCAGAAGUGUUUUGAGAAGAGAUGUGAUAUUGGAUAUGAGCUGGCAGCAAAUAAAACAAAGGACAGCUGCUGUCCACCCUGUGUGCCUAAAGAUGUUUGUGUGUAUAACAACACUGAGUACCUGCCUGGGGUUAACAUCCCAACAGAUCCCUGCAAGCAAUGUAACUGUGGAAUGGAUAAAGAUCCAGCAACAAAGUUACAUACGGUUACUUGUGUCGAUCUAACCUGCACACCUUGUGCUGAGGGCUUCGAAGAGGUGAAAGUGGAAGGACAGUGUUGUGCAUUAUGUAAGCAAAAAGCCUGCAUAUACGAUGCACCAAACAACACCAAACUAAUUAUCCAGGUUGGAGAAGUGCUCACACAGAAAUGUGAGAGCAUUUCCUGUCAGCGAAUUAAUGACACGUUUGUGCCGGUGAAGGCCGUGAAAACCUGCCCUGAAUACAAUUCAAAUGAAUGUGUCCCUGGAAGCGAGACAUCAGAUGCAGAUGGAUGCUGCAAGACAUGUGAGCACAGUAACUGUGUUCGAGUGAGGAAUACGACCCAAAUCCUUGUUAAUGGCUGCACCUCCAUUGGGCCUAUAGAAGUGACUUCCUGCAGUGGUCACUGUGACACCCAGUCAAUGUAUUCAAUGGAGGCUAACAAAAUGAUGCACAGCUGCUCUUGUUGCAGAGAGAGUAAAAUCAGCACUAAACAAGUGAAGCUGAAGUGCCCCGAUAACAGCGAGAUCAUGUACAGCUACGGCUACACUGAGAGCUGUGAAUGCACACCAACAAAGUGCAUAGACUAGAAUACUUCUCGCAUAAAAUGUCUUUCAGUUUUUGCCUUGAUUACUGUUGAUUUAAACAUUAUCUGUUGAAUAAGAAAGCUAUUAAAUUAAUGUAAGCGAUUGUAGUGCAUAAUUUACAAACAUUACUUUGGUGAAAAAUUCCACUAUACAGCUUUUUGUAUGUAGUUUGAAUUUAAUAGGGUGCUAAGGGAAUUUUGGGAACUGUAUUUCUUUUUCCUGCUUUAUCCUCUCUAUAGUUGAAUGAUAUAUAUUGAAUGCCAAAAUGAAUGAUGAAUCCAAUAAAGCAAAAUAAACAGCAACAGCUAAAA